AUGGCUUCUGACCGACCUCGAGCAGCCAAACGAGAAGCGCCUUCGUCCCAGCGCUCCAGACGUCAUCACAAAAAGCCCAAGACGCUGCACAAUGCAGCCGAGUUUCGCGACAAAAGGGCGUCCAAGAAGAAGGGUAGCUGCGAAAGAAGGAAGCGUGAAGUGUCUAUUCGUACUGUUGUCAUCACUGAACAGCCCGUUCUAAUGUUUGAGCCCCGCGUCAAGAACCAAGGCUUAUCUCAGGGCACCGUGUUCGAUUUCCUGUUGAAGGAGGAGAUGGCUUGA